AUGGAGUCUCCAGAUGCAGCUCAGAUCCGAGCCCCCAAAUGCUCUCGCUGUCGCAACCAUGGCUUUGUGGUGCCAGUGAAAGGUCACGCCGGCUACUGCCGCUGGAAGCACUGCCCUUGUGAGAAGUGUGCCCUGAUCACUGAACGGCAGAAGAUCAUGGCGGCUCAGAAGGCCUUGAAGAGGCAAGGACCAGAUUCACCGCCCAGGGAGGCACUGCCCUCUGUCCAUUGCAGCCCCAAUGAUGAAAUGGAUGCGACUGCAGCUGGAAGUAAAAAGAGCUCCAGGAAAAACACCUCUGAGCCCCAUGUUGCUGGGCAUGAAGAGGCUAAGGUGACCUCUGCACCUGACCAACCCAACAGGAUGGUGCCUGACCAAAUGCCACCAAAACCUAGCUCUCCAACCUUCAUAGAUUUAGACCAUCCUACUGUGCCUCAGGAAUGUGCAGCAAUGUGUCCAGAGUUUCUGGAAAGAGAGCCUCCCAAAGUGUACCCUGGAUACUCUGGGGUGUAUCCUUAUCAUCCAUUUCCUCUGGGAUUUGCCAUCAACCAACCUGGCUACAGAGGCCCAACGCAUGGCCCUGUCCUACCCCUGCAAGCAGGUUACAGACACUUUCCUAGCAGUCACGGGCCAGGGAACGUCACUCCUGUACCAAGACAAGAUGCAGGUGGAGAUUUUCGACCAGCUUAUUACGCUCCAUUGUCACCUUUCAUGCCUCCAAACUUCCUGCCAAGCAUUCACUAUAUUCCACCACCUGUUCAACUGAAUGUCAUGACUGAAGCUACAAAGGAAACAUUGACUGCCACAGGAGAUAGCCAAGAUUCUGGGGUGAUGUGUGAACACAGCCAACCAUCUUCUCAGGAAGCUGACCGUGAAGAUUGUCCCUCGUAUACUAAGCGUUAA